AUGGACACUGUUGUAGAGAGAAAUCAACCACUUCUAGUCCCCGUCACCGAUACCAAAGACGUUCCAGAACUCCUAUCAAUUAUCCCAUCAAAUGAUCAACAAGUAUCAGAAUCAGCUAACACUUCACGCUGGUCAUUCCUGUUUAAACUCCUUCUCGUCAUCGCAACCAUCGGUGUUUCCACAGCAGGUCUCGCGUUAAUCAUAUUGAUCACACCAACCCCACCAACCGUUCAGAUACACUCCAUACAUAUAGCAUUCAGUGAACGCCAUCUCCCGAUAUGGUCAGCAACGUUCUCUAUCAAAAACCCCAACGAGAAACUCAGCGUAACGUACGAGUCUCCCUCGGUGUGGGUGUUUCACAGGAGAAACAAGGUGGGGAAGAUAAGAAUCGGGUCGUUUGAGCAGAGAGGCGGGGAAGAGAACGAGGUAGUUGUGAAGGGAGAUGAAAGCGGAGUUAUCGAUGAAGAGGUGGCUAGGGAAAUGGAGGAGGAUGUGGCGAUGACGGGAAGUGUGGUGGGUCUUGAUAUGGUGUUUCUAGGGAGAGUGGGGUUUUAUCCGGUAGCUUCUACUUUAUGGGGAAGACAGAACAUGACGGCUGUUUGCAAGAACGUGAGGGCUAUGUUGUCUACUGAUGAUGAGAAACUUAAUAAGACAAAGAGAUGGAGGUUGAGGUUUGAUGGUCGACAAGAUUGUCGUGUACGUCUUCCUGUGUUUCCUUAG